GGCCAAGUAAACGAAAUAAUUACCAAUGACAGAAAGAAUUGUCAGUCUUUUACGUGUAGUGCAUAUGGUCGAACAUCGUGAUCUGUCGAAAUUAUAGUGUUUGGUUAACUGUUAUGAAAUUGACUACUUUCUUAUUAAAGUCGAAACAAAUGAUUUCUACAAUAAACCUCCAGUAAUUUACUCCUUUGUUUGAAAAAUCAAACAACAUUAAAAAAUGUUACAAUCAUCCAAACAAACUUAUUCUUUAUUUUUCGGUUUUUUGUGUCUUUGUUCGUUGACAACAACAUGUAAUAGUGCAACUACUGACAUCGAACUUGAUGCUAAAGCACAAUUAUUGCAUCGUCUUGACAGUUUAAAUUUACUCAUUUAUACAUUUUUAUUAAUUCUUACCGUUCUUACCAUUUGGACAUUCAAGCAUCGUCGAUUACGAUUUCUCCAUGAAACUGGACUUGCUGUUAUUUAUGGAUUAAUCAUUGGGGCGAUAAUUCGAUAUGGAAUUCAUACGAAUAGUAACAUAAUAGCUCACAUGCCAGUCGUCGAGGAUACUAGCACCAGCAAGUAUAAUCAAUCAGUACCUCCUGAUUCAUUAUGGUUCACCUUCACUGAAGAUAAAGGAGGUGGAAAUAAAACAUUUACAUAUUCAUUUCGGGGAGAAGUUAACAAAGGAGACAGUGAACUUUAUUUUAUGGCCACAUUUGAUCCAGAAAUUUUCUUCAAUAUUAUUUUACCUCCUAUAAUAUUCCAUGCUGGGUAUAGCUUAAAACGACGAUAUUUCUUCCGAAAUCUUGGUGCUAUUCUUAUGUUUGCUCUUUUGGGUACUACCAUUUCAUCCUUUGUCAUUGGAGCCUUGAUGUAUGGUUUCUUUCAAUUGGUUCCAAAUUUAUCAAAUUCCUUUGAGUUUCUAGAUACUUUAUAUUUCGGUGCUUUAAUAUCACCGACUGAUCCUUUGACGAUUAUUUCUAUUUUCAAUGAUCUACAUGUAGAUGUGAAUUUAUAUGCACUGGUUUUUGGUGAGAGUGUUUUAAAUGAUGCUGUUGCUAUUGUACUAAGCGGAUCCAUUCAGAAUUAUGGAACAAGGUAUGCAAAAAGCACUGGUAGCUUUGAAACAGUAGCAUUCUUCCAAGCACUUGGUGAUUUUAUACGUAUCUUCGGAUUAUCAUUGCUAAUUGGAGCAACAAUGGGAUGUCUUACUGCUUUAUUGACAAAAUUUACUCGUGUUCGUGACUUUCCACUAUUGGAAUCGGCACUUUUCGUCCUCAUGUCUUACAGCACUUUCCUCAUAGCUGAGGCAGCUGAUCUGACUGGAAUAGUGGCUGUGCUAUUUUGUGGAAUUUGCCAAGCCCAUUACACUUACAAUAACUUGAGUGUAAAUUCCCGGCAACGAACAAAACAAUUAUUUGAAUUGUUAAACUUCUUAGCAGAAAACUUUAUCUUCAGUUACAUUGGAGUGUCAAUGUUUACAUUCCCAAAACAUCGAUUUGAUUUUGGAUUUAUCAUCGUAGGAUUUAUCUGUGCACUGCUAGGAAGAGCAGCCAAUGUCUAUCCGUUAUCAUUUAUAUUAAAUUUGGCACGAAAGCCAAAGAUAUCUCUUAAUUUUCAACAUAUGCUAUUUUGUGCUGGGCUUAGAGGAGCAAUGAGUUUUGCUCUGGCCAUUAGAAAUACCGUAUCAAAUGCUAGACAGUCUAUGCUGACUACUACCAGUUUGAUUGUGAUAUUAACAGUCAUCUUUCAAGGAGGAGCAACCACACAAUUUCUCAACUGGUUUAAAAUACCGGUUGGAGUCGAUGAAGAAGUGGAAGGUUUAUCGGGUGGAGCGAACGUACGACAUCCCAAUGGCGAAGGAAAUGGAUUUGGCGGAAAUCUGCAACGGGUACAUCGAGAUCAAAGUCCCCCGUAUAAUUCAAUGCAAGAUACUUCUUCAACACAAGGUGUUCCCACUGCAAAACCUAAUGAAAAGGCUUUACUGGCAAGAAUAUGGGGUGACUUUGAUACUAGGUACAUGAAACCUCUUCUCACUCAUUCACGUCCAACACUUCUUGAAACUUUACCAGUAUGUUGCACACCAUUAGCAAGAAUCUUAACUACUGCUCAACAAUUAUCUCAGGAUGAUAUAUCAAGAAAAGCAGACUCUGAUUCUGAUUUAUGUUUGGGUCAAGGUCAACAUCAAGAUGUUGAGUGGAAUACAAGUAUUGAACCGGUAAGUUUUCAUCAACCCAAUAAUUUAAAUUAUACUGUCAAUCCAUGCUACCAGCCAAAUAACAACUCGGAAUUUUCUAAUGCUGAUGAGCCUUAUAUUAUUCUUAACUUGCACUCGCGGAGAUAAAUAAAUCUAUUUAAAUAACAACAAUGACAAUAGUAAAUUAGACUAAUCAAUCAGACUCGCGAGUAUUAAUCAAUGAUGAAGACUAAAAAAAUUCAUUAAAUAAUUAAUUAAAGUAUCUGGAAGAACAUUUGUAUUGUCAAUAUUUUAAUUAAUCGAAGUCCAUUUAAAAUUGUACUAUUCUGAAUGUUGUAAUUUGUAUUGUUCGAAAUCACUAUACAAAUGUUUGUGAUGGUAAAAACAUGCCAAAGAAGCCAUUGAAUGUAUGUAAGUGUGUGUAUAUGUGUGAAAAAAAGGUGACAUAUUUAAAAAUAAAAAAGGCCAUUAAUAUAUUUGUCAUGAAUAUUAUUACAAUGUUUGCGAAAAAAAAAAUUAAAAUUGUGUGGCCCAAUAUUCCAAGAGAAAGAGAUUUUUGAUCUCAUCUCUCAUUGAUUUGUGGGCUAAGCUUUUUGGUUAUUGUUAAUGUAUACAAUUAACAGUUAAAGUAUAAAUAAAACUUUUGUUAUUGCCGAGUGUGUAUAUACAUAAUGUAUACAUUUUAUUGAAGAUUGUUCAAUUCUGCCAUUAUAUUCUGUAGUACGUUUAGGCCGGAAUCGGUAGCCAUUUUACCUAAGAAAAUUUUGUAUUAGUGAAUUUUAAUUAUUCAAUAACUAGUUUUUAUUUAUUACAUUUGUGAUUACUCGUAAUCUCAUUAUACAUGAUAUAAAUCAUUCAAAAUUUUGUUUUUGUAUUGGGGUUUUUGUAAUUGGCCGUUUAAGAAAAAUAAGAAUGAAUUUUUUUGGUUUAAAAAAUUAUUACGAACUAGCAAAUAGUAGUUUAUAAAUAUUAAUUAGUUUUAAUAUGGUAUUAUGGUAGUUAUUUUAAUUUUUUAUUGCACCAACACAUCUAUUAACAUUUUAGAUUUUUUAUUUAUAUGACAAGCAGCAUUAUUAGAUUUAUGCAUGAAAGUAUUAAUUUUUUUUUUUUUUUUUGCACUGCUUCACUUAAAAAUAGUUUCCUACAUAAUAUUUUUCCUUAAACAGCCAAAAUUAUUCGAGAAAAUUAUCUCACUUAUUUAAAUAAUUACACUAAACUUACUCUUAACAAUAUAGAAAUUUUAUUUUGCAUUUUUAUAAUUUUUAAUUCAUCUGAUUCGAUUUAAAAAAUAAUUACGCAUGACAAGUUUGUUAUGUAGUUUUGAAAGUUUGCCUACAAAUGAUCAUUUAAUAAUAUUUUCAUAUUAUUUACAGUUAUUAUUUAUUUUAUUCUAGUUAUUAUUGUGAUAUAGAGCUUAAUAUUUUAAGUUUCUAUUAUUUAUUUUUUUUUUUUUGGGUUUUUGUU